AUGUCCAACCGCAUCCAGAUCGCCAUCGAUCGAGGCGGCACCUUCACCGACUGCCUCGGCCGCAUCCCACCCGCCAAGCAAGGCGACGCCCCCACCGACAUUGUCAUCAAGCUGCUCUCGCACGACCCGGCCAACUACAACGACGCACCCACCGAGGGAGUCCGUCGCAUCCUCGAGCGCGCCUACAAGGUCUCCAUCCCGCGCGGCCACAAGAUCGACACCUCCAACAUCGACUACAUCCGCCUCUCCACCACCGUCGCCACCAAUGCGCUGCUCGAGCGCAAGGGCGAGCGCCACGCGCUCAUCAUCACAAAGGGCUUCAAGGACUUGGUGCAAAUCGGCAAUCAGAGUAGACCCAGCAUCUUCGAUCUCGCCAUCAAGAAGCCCGAGGUGCUCUACAGCGGCGUGCUGGAGCUCGACGAACGCGUCACGCUCGUCGGCUACACCUCGGACCCCAGCGCCGCCGACAACGCCGUCCAGUUCCACGAGGCCAACGGCGACGACCCGCACAGCACCCGAAUCUCCAGGCCGUAUGCAGGGACCGACCAGCCUCCGAGCGCGUACGACGAGCACGGCAAGCGCACGGGCGCGCCCGAGAUCGUGCGCGGCGUCUCGGGCGAGGCAGUGGCCAUCCUCAAGAAGCCCGACGAAGAAUUGCUGCGACGCCAGCUGCACGCGCUCUACCACGACCACGGCUACCGCUCGCUCGCCGUCGUGCUCAUGCACAGCUACACGUAUCCGGUGCACGAACAGAUCGUACGCCGCAUCGCUCUCGACGUCGGCUUCCACACCGUCAGCUGCUCGAGCGAGCUCAUGCCCAUGAUCAAGAUGGUGCCGCGCGCCACCUCGGCCACCGCCGACGCCUACCUCACACCCGUGCUCCAGGCGUACAUCGACGGCUUCUUUGCCGGCUUUGCCCCUACCCUCCGCUCCGGCCAGGCGGGCACCAAGGUCGAGUUUAUGAUGUCCGACGGCGGCCUCACCUCGGUCGACCACUUUUCGGGCCUCAAGUCGAUCAUCUCCGGUCCGGCUGGCGGCGUAGUCGGCAUGGCGCUCACGAGCUAUGACGCCGAGGAUGGGCGACCCAUCAUCGGCUUCGAUAUGGGCGGUACGUCGACCGACGUCAGCCGGUAUGCGGGCGAGUACGAGCAGGUGCUCGAGACCACGCUCGACGGCAUCACCGUGCAGAGUGCGCAGCUCGACGUCAACACGGUUGCGAGCGGCGGGAGCAGUCGGCUCUUCUUCCGCAAUGGCCUCUUUGCCGUAGGACCCGAGUCGGCAUCGGCCCAUCCGGGUCCGACGUGCUACCGCAAGGGCGGACCUCUCGCCAUUACCGAUGCGAACCUCGUCACGGGUCGCCUGGCGGUGGAGAUGUUCCCCAAGAUUUUUGGGCCGAACGAGGAUCAAGGGCUGGACGAGACCGCGAGUCGGCAGGCGUUCGAAGCGCUUGCGGACGAGAUCAACUCCCACACGGCCGGUUCGACGCUGUCGGUAGACGAGGUUGCGCAGGGCUUUAUCCGCGUCGCCAACGAGAUUAUGGCGCGACCUAUUCGGGCUCUCACCGAAGCGCGUGGGUAUAGUGCGUCUAAGCAUGUGCUUGCGAGUUUUGGCGGUGCAGGAGGGCAGCAUGCAUGUUCUCUCGCACGCUCACUCGGCAUAUCGACCGUGGUGAUCCAUCGGUACUCUUCGAUCUUGAGUGCGUAUGGUAUGGCACUUGCCGACCGGGUGUUCGAACGCCAGGAACCGUGUUCCGAAAUCUGGACUGGAGCUGAAGGUCCUUCGAGGGGACGGAUCGAGAAACGGGUGGACCAGCUUCGUGAUGCUGUGCGGGGGGAGUUGGAGGCGCAGGGCUUUGCGAAGGAUCGGAUUGAAUUGGAAACGAUGUUGAACCUGCGCUAUGCGGGCACGGAUACAGCGUUGAUGACUUCCCAACCCCCCACUGGUGGAUGGGAAUUUGAACAAAGUUUCCAGCAACGCUAUAAGCAGGAGUUCGGAUUCGUCCUGUCCGAUCGUGACAUUGUCGUCGACGAUAUCCGCAUCCGUGGCACAGGCAAAUCCUUCGACACUUUGGGCAAAACAGUCCUAGCCGAAUACCGUUCCUACCAAGCAGAGUGGAAACAAGUCGACACCAAACCUCUCGCAGUCAGGAAGGUCUUCUUCGAUAGGCAAAGACUCGAAACCCCAGUUCUCCAACUCGACUCCAUCCCCGCGGGCACACAAAUCACAGGCCCCGCUAUCCUAGUCGACACUACCCAAACCAUCCUCGUCGAACCCAACUGCACCGCUCACACCACCAAAAACGCCGUCCUCAUCCACAUCCUCUACGACUAG